AGAUGAAACACCACCACAACCAGCACCACCAGAGGAACUGAUUUACUGCCAUUAAAAAAAAAAAAGAAGAAGAAUGAAACAGGAGAGCAGGAGGGGGUAAAAGCACCCAAGCUCUUAAGGCGUAGUCGAGAGAGCAGGAGCAGAGUGUAGAGAGAGUGGGAGGGAGAGGAAGAGGAAGAGGGGGUGACUUGCAGGAUCGUAUCCAGUGUAAUUGCUGCCUCGGUGCUGUCAUUUAGAGCCAGUGCCAGACUGCAGUGGAGAGGGUUUUGGCCAUGCUGUGUGCAGCACGGAGGAGUAACGUGUGUCAGCCUGCAGCGCUGAUCCUAGGCCUGCUCUCUCUGGCUCAAAUUCUUCCAGCUUCAGAGCAACUCGAGUGCGAGGAAAGCUUCUACAGAAACACCCCCCCACAGCUGGUCACCGAGUCGGGCCUGGAGAGGAGAUGCCACAGCCUGGGAGCCGGGCGCACUUUUGUUUCACUUUAUGACCCUGGACACCAGUCGAACGUCUACACGGCUCUGCACCUGGGCCAGCACAAUGUAUGGGGCAAAGGAACAAGUGAGGAGUUGGACAAACCGAACGAGACAGAAGACAUCCCGGCUUUGUACAAGAAGACCCAGGAUGUAGCUUCAUCGCAAUCAGCUUCUCCUUUCCACAAACUGGAUGCUCUUAUUGCAGAGGUGGUAGAAAGCAGGACCGUGCCACGGUGCUCUAAAGCAGGAGGAAGCGUGUACGUUCAGAGCGGCAUGGGUGGGCUGAGCCAGACGAAGGCAGAUGUGCUGUGGUCAGCGGCGUGCUGCGAUGUUCCCAGUGGACAAGGCAGCUUUGGUAUCGGAAUGGUCCAGAACGGUGAAGGAGAGCUGAAGCUGAUGAGCGUGAAAGAGCUGGAGGAACUGCUGGGCGUUAAGGAGCUUUUCUCAGGUGGGUGUGGAGAGGCAGGAAGUCUUGAAGAACAUGCACUAGAAAUCAGUGAAGUUUCUGAUGAAGACCCAGACGCAGACGCAGACAGAGCUGAGACGGACAAAAGCACCAAAGAGGACAAGGUGACCCACAGGACAGCAGAUAGAGCCAAGUCUGAUCCCAGCCAGGAAGAAAGCGCUAAUGAAACAGAAAGCUCAGAGUCUCAAGGGGACAGCGUUAUCGUCUACGUCCUGUCUUCUGUCAUCCGUCUCCUGUACGCCCCUAUCUCUCCGGUUGUCUCCACCCUGACCAACCUGCCCUAUCAAGUCUGUUACGUCUUGCAGGAGGACGCCGCUGUCCUGGCAUCGGUUCCCCGCGACAGCUUCAGUUUGGUUCAGAACCUGGGAUCUGGUGUAGUUUCGGGUGUUGAGAACGUAGGCAGCGUCGCGUAUCAAGUUGGGGAGCAUAGCGUGUGCUCGCUCUACACGUUUAUAAGCACGUUAGUAGGCACUCUUCUGCUCUCAUGCCAGGAGGGACUGGCAGGUACAGGAACGCUAAUGGGUGAUGUUCUGGGGCUGGUGAUCGGUGCAUUGGGUGAGCUCGGGGAGUUUGGCACUGAGGUUAUAAUGCACAUGUGCCAGGGGGUUGGUAGGUACGCGGGUGCAGUGGGUUCAGAGAUGGGUGAACAGGGCAUGUCAAUAGGCCAAGGGAUAGGCAACCUGGCAUGGAGGGGACAGAAGGGAAUUGGGCAUGUGAUUAGUACGGUGUUGGGCAUUGUUGGGGGAAUGCUGGGAAACACAGUGGAAAACAUACAGGAAGCUUUCAGCAGGGAGUGAGAGAGCAGGAGGUAUUUUUGUUUUGUGCAUGAGUGCAUGGAGCUGGUGCGAGCUUAUUUAUACUGCAUUACAUCAUAGCCAGAGUCUUACUGCUGAAAUGCAAUCUGCACAAAAAUACCUAUGGCUCUUAAAUGGAAAGAUUUGGGACGGACAUGAAGGUCUCGUUUGGAUUUGAAGGAUUAUUGAUUUGAUAUGUAAAAUAAACGUGAGUGCCAUCAUCAUAAUAAGACCGUGAUGUAAGCUUUUAUACUGUGCGAUAUUAUGCAGCUCAGUCUCGUCCUCUUUAAUUGUUUUUGUUUAAUUGUCCGGCUUUGCCUUGGUGACCCUGGUUGUAAAGCUAAAUAUCAGAAUCUGUAACAUUAAAAACCUGGUGUUCAGUGUCAGCCAUCUGAGUGUUUUGUGCCCAGUCAUCUCUUCAGUGAAACUGAGAUCCCUCUGCACCAAAUCCAACCUGAUCCAUGUCUGAAUAAAAGAUUGUUUCAUGGA